GCUGUAGUCCCCACCACCUCCUCCCCAUUUCCGCGUCCCCGGAACCAUGGCCGCGCAGUCGGGUGAAGAUGCCUGGAGGUGUCGGGGCUGUGGGGACCACGUUGCUCCAAGCCAGAGGUGGUACAGGACUGUCAACGAAGCCUGGCACAGCUCUUGUUUCCGGUGCUCAGAAUGCCAGGAUUCCCUCACCAACUGGUACUAUGAGAAGGAUGGGAAGCUUUAUUGCCACAAGGACUACUGGGGGAAGUUUGGGGAGUUCUGCCAUGGGUGUUCUCUGCUGAUGACAGGGCCUGUCAUGGUGGCCGGGGAGUUCAAGUACCACCCAGAGUGCUUUGCCUGUAUGAGCUGCAAGGUGAUCAUCGAGGAUGGGGAUGCAUAUGCUCUGGUGCAGCAUGCCACCCUUUACUGUGGGAAGUGCCACAAUGAGGUGGUGCUGGCACCCAUGUUUGAGAGACUCUCCACGGAGUCUGUUCAGGACCAGCUGCCCUACUCUGUCACACAUAUCUCCAUGCCAGCCACCACGGAGGGCAGACGGGGCUUCUCUGUGUCUGUGGAAAGUGCCUGCUCCAACUAUGCCACCACUGUGCAAGUAAAAGAGGUCAACCGGAUGCACAUCAGUCCCAACAACCGCAAUGCCAUCCACCCCGGGGACCGCAUCCUGGAGAUCAAUGGGACCCCUGUCCGCACACUCCGAGUGGAAGAGGUAGAGGAUGCGAUUAGCAAGACAAGCCAGACGCUUCAGCUCUUGAUUGAACAUGACCCCGUCUCCCAGCGCCUGGACCAGCUGCGGCUGGAUGCACGGCUCUCUCCCCGCAUGCAGAAUGCUGGACACUCCCCGACUCUCAGCACCUUGGACACCAAGGAGAAUUUGGAAGGAACACUAAGGAGACGCUCUCUGAGGCGCAGUAACAGCAUCUCCAAGUCCCCUGGCCCCAGCUCCCCAAAGGAGCCCCUGCUCUUUAGCCGUGACAUCAGCCGCUCAGAAUCCCUCCGCUGUUCCAGCAGCUACUCACAGCAGAUCUUCCGGCCAUGUGACCUGAUCCAUGGGGAGAUCCUGGGGAAGGGCUUCUUUGGACAGGCCAUCAAGGUAACACACAAAGCCACGGGCAAAGUGAUGGUCAUGAAGGAGUUAAUUCGGUGUGAUGAGGAAACACAGAAGACUUUUCUGACUGAGGUGAAGGUGAUGCGCAGCCUGGACCACCCCAAUGUGCUCAAGUUCAUUGGUGUGCUGUACAAGGACAAGAAGCUGAACCUGCUGACAGAGUACAUUGAAGGGGGCACGCUGAAGGACUUUCUGCGCAGUGUGGACCCAUUCCCCUGGCAGCAGAAGGUCAGAUUUGCCAAAGGCAUCGCAUCUGGAAUGGCCUAUUUACACUCCAUGUGCAUCAUCCACCGGGAUCUGAACUCACACAACUGCCUUAUCAAGCUGGACAAGACUGUGGUGGUGGCAGACUUUGGGCUGUCACGGCUCAUAGUUGAAGAGAGGAAAAAGCCCCCAGUGGAGAAGGCCACCACCAAGAAACGCACCUUGCGUAAGAAUGACCGUAAGAAGCGCUAUACCGUGGUAGGAAACCCCUACUGGAUGGCCCCUGAGAUGCUGAAUGGAAAGAGCUACGAUGAGACGGUGGAUGUCUUCUCUUUUGGGAUCGUUCUCUGCGAGAUCAUCGGGCAGGUGUAUGCAGAUCCUGAUUGCCUGCCCCGAACACUGGACUUUGGUCUCAACGUGAAGCUUUUCUGGGAGAAGUUUGUCCCCACAGACUGCCCCCCAGCCUUCUUCCCCCUGGCCGCCAUCUGCUGCAAACUGGAGCCCGAGAGCAGACCGGCAUUCUCAAAACUGGAGGACUCCUUUGAGGCUCUCUCCCUCUAUCUGGGGGAGCUGGGCAUCCCACUGCCUGCAGAGCUGGAAGAGCUGGACCACACUGUGAGCAUGCAGUAUGGCCUGACCCGGGACUCACCUCCCUAGCCUUGGCCCAGCCCCCUGCAGGGGGGCGUUCUGCAGCCACCGUUGCCCCCUC